CUGUGUAGUGGUGACGUGUCUCUAAAGUGCUUUCUUUCCCAGCGCAGAGCUUUUUGCCCGUAGUCAGAACGAAAACUGGAGAGACCCACUAUCUGACACACAGGGACCACACACUCAAAGAACGUAACGCUUGGGACAUCAUCAUGGGCAGUGAGUAUCCCCCAGAAUUAAGUAGCUAGCUAGCAAGAGGACGAUUUCACAAACAGGAAACGUUUGAUGAAUCAGAUCCAAGCUAUGAGAUUUUUCAACGAUUGGCUCGAUGGAGGCCAUUUUCAUUGUAGCUAGCUAGCUAACAUUUAGUUAGUUAGACGACGAGUACUCUGUGUUUAAAACACAUUUUCAACUCCUGUCUUCAACAGCAAUGUCUGCAAUGAAAUGGUUAGUUUUGUCAGUUGUUUAUACUAACGUUAGUUAGGUAACUAAGGUUAACUAAUUUAGCUAGCUAACGUUAGCUGUCAGUUGAUAGCUAGUUAACUAGCUACUUGCUAACAUUACAUUAGCCGGCUAGCUAGCUAACAGCUGUACAUAUUUGUUAUUUACUUCGUAUUAUUAAAUGCCCGAUCAGCUACAUUGAUAACUAUUUAAUAUCUACCAUUGUUACAUGAUCAUUGAUAUCUCAGAGUUCGGUAACUUUACAGGUUUAUCUUGCAGUAUUUAUGCUAACAUAGCUAGCUAUAUUUGAAGCAGACAGCUAGACCAGUGAUGACGACGCACAGCUAACAGUCAGUGUUUGCCACAAAUAACUAACUCCAUAUCAUAAGCAGCAAAUGCUAACUGAAACCCUUUUGCUGGUAUGCAAAAUGUUUAAUUGAAUAAUUGUGUAUAGUGCUAUCUGUUUUCAUAGUGAAUUCGCUUAUAUCCAAAGAUGCAAACCGCUAGUAAUGCAUGUAACGUUACCGCUAUGCCACGUCCCCCUACAAAUAGGUUCACUGCCCUUGAUUUAUGUUUAUUAUGGUGAACCAAUAACAACCCUCCCUUUGUCUGUUUUUUAGUCAAAUUCCUGGAGGUAAUAAAGCCGUUCUGCGCGGUAUUACCUGAAAUCCAGAAACCCGAAAGAAAGGUACAGUAUUUACUUAAUGAUGACAAGAAUCGUUUUACAUUAAACUUUAUAAACCUCUGUAUGUGUUACAUUGUUAAUGCUGUCAUUGUUACUUCCAUGUCUCACUGUAAUUAUUGUGCUCAACAGAUCCAGUUCAGAGAGAAGGUACUAUGGACAGCCAUCACUCUCUUCAUUUUCCUCGUGUGCUGCCAGGUAAAUAUCUGCCUUUUUGUUCACACAAUCUUUUCUAGCAUGUUAAACGAGUAGAAUUAAAUAAAGAAAAACCUCACACCUGAAUGUCUGUCACGUCUAUCCUCCAGAUUCCCCUGUUUGGCAUCAUGUCAUCAGACUCUGCAGAUCCCUUCUACUGGAUGAGAGUGAUUUUGGCCUCCAACAGAGGUGGGUUGUCACUUUUGCAAUGUAGAGACAUCAAAUUAGAUUAACAGGUGAAUAAAUGAAUGGCUCUGUGAAUUGAUAAGUCAAUCAAGGGACAUAUCAACGAAUUAGUAAUUGAGUGUGUGAAUUGAUAAAGUGUUGAGUGAAUGUUGUUGGUCAAUUGGAGUGAUAACUUUUAUCUCCGACUUGAAUGGGUGAAUGGUGUUAUUUCAUCUCUAUGGCUCUGCUCUCCUGUUAACGUCCCCUGGGUUUCUCCCUCAAGGUACCCUGAUGGAGCUGGGUAUCUCUCCGAUUGUCACCUCAGGCCUCAUCAUGCAGCUCCUGGCUGGGGCUAAGAUCAUCGAGGUGGGAGACACCCCCAAAGACAGGGCCCUCUUCAAUGGAGCACAAAAAUGUAAGACCACAAGCCCCACUUCCUGUUCCUAGUUUGAGUAUCUUUGAUUUGAUUCUGUCAAGCUUGGAGCAUUACUGUGAAUGAGGCCAUAGAUUCUUUAACCCCUUGCUUUCUCCUACAGUGUUUGGUAUGAUCAUCACCAUUGGUCAGGCCAUCGUGUAUGUGAUGACUGGCAUGUACGGAGACCCCUCCGAUAUGGGCGCUGGGAUCUGUCUUCUCAUCAUCAUCCAGGUGAGCCCUCCUCCCCACCCCUCUGAGUCAUAUUCUUAUCCCUACUCUUUACUUCCCCUGUCAGAUCCAAGCUUGGUCCAAUAGUUAAAACACUCCUUUCUUGCUACAUUUUCUGAGGUUAUCACUAUUAAUCUGUAAGUGAUUGGAUAAUAUAGAACAAGGUUCACAUCCUAUUCUUUAACCAAUCCAACCCUCUCAGAUUACUUCAAGGAAUGUAUGAAGAAUAGGUAUAUUUAAAGGAAGUCAAACAGGGCUCCAGUGCGGGUGAUUUGUCUCUGUGUCUCUAACCCAUCUGUCUCCCCUUCCAGCUGUUUGUGGCAGGUCUGAUCGUGCUGCUGCUGGAUGAGCUGCUGCAGAAGGGUUAUGGUCUGGGCUCUGGUAUCUCUCUGUUCAUUGCCACCAACAUCUGUGAGACCAUCGUCUGGAAGGCCUUUAGCCCCACCACCGUCAACACUGGCAGGGGUAUGAUACCAGACCAGAGGGCUGUGAGAGAGGGACAGCAGGGCUCAUAGGGGCUAAACUGGGGCAUUGAAACUGAUGUGCCAUGUCUGGGUGUACAUUUAGGACAGACUUACUAAUUUCCACUAUCAGAGAUAAACAUACCUGGUUAUAUGUAAGUAGUAAUUUCACAUAAGACCAACUAGGGCUCCUAUAGAUCCAGACUUGGCCUUGAAAACCCCCAGCGGUCUGGGUUAGGUCAGGUGGUCUCUAGAUGUGAGGCUGAUGUUUGAGUAUCUUGUCUUUGGUUCAGGCACAGAGUUUGAGGGGGCUAUCAUUGCCCUCUUCCAUCUGCUGGCCACUCGGACAGACAAGGUGCGCGCCCUGAGAGAGGCCUUCUACCGCCAGAACCUGCCCAACCUCAUGAACCUCCUCGCCACCGUCUUCGUCUUUGGUGUAGUCAUAUACUUCCAGGUCAGUAACGCUCUUUCUUCAUUGUCUGUCCUAAUACCAGUUAAAGGAGUUGAACACAUUUGUUAUUGUCAGAUAAUUGGUCCCUCAAAAAACAACACAUAGCAAUUGUUUUUUCUUCACCUUUUUAGUAAUGUCCAUUUAGACUUUAUAAAUGUAUACUGUAUCUCACCAUGUCCGUCUCUUCCUCCCAUCUCUCUACAGGGCUUCAGGGUGGACCUGCCCAUUAAGUCUGCCCGUUACCGUGGCCAGUACAACACUUAUCCCAUCAAGCUCUUCUAUACCUCCAACAUUCCCAUCAUCCUCCAGUCUGCCCUCGUGUCCAACCUGUACGUCAUCUCUCAGAUGCUCUCCACACGAUUCAGUGGUAACUUCCUGGUUAACCUGCUGGGCACCUGGUCGGUAAGUACACACCAUUUUAAACCAUUUACCUGAACUACUAUGUCUGAACUCUAAACUCAGUUUAACUACAUUUGACAAGUUUGUCACAUUAACAUAUCCAGCAACAUAGACUGUAUGAGAUGACCAGACUUGUGCGUGUGUUUGUAGGACACAUCGUCAGGCGGUCCAGCCCGUGCCUACCCAGUGGGUGGGCUCUGUUACUACUUCUCUCCCCCGGAGUCGUUUGGCUCGGUCCUAGAUGACCCCAUCCAUGCUGCUAUCUACAUAUGCUUCAUGCUGGGCUCCUGUGCCUUUUUCUCCAAGACCUGGAUUGAGGUGUCCGGCUCCUCUGCCAAAGAUGUAAGUCCUGCUACCACAUGUGCUCUACAUUUGUUAGACUAUGUAUUAAUCAACUGAUUCGAUUUCAUUUGAAACAGACAAGUGGUUUUGAUGUAGAAAUCUUAUUAACUAAACAUUUCUAGGGCUUUUAGGGGCAACAUGUGUUAUGUAAACCAUGAGUGUGUGUUUUGUCUCCCAGGUGGCUAAGCAGCUAAAGGAGCAACAGAUGGUUAUGAGGGGACACAGAGAGACCUCCAUGGUCCAUGAACUCAACAGGUGAACAAUCUCAGCCAUCUCUCUAACAUUUAGCCAUAACAAUCCACAUCAUCAUAGCUUUACCAGGGUUUAAUAUUACACUAUUCCAAACAAACUUUCUUCUGGUAAUGAUUGGUGCACUACUACUUGAAUUUGCCUCCCGAACAACCCUUAAUCUUGCCUAUGUGUGUUCCAGGUACAUCCCCACAGCGGCUGCCUUUGGUGGUCUCUGUAUCGGCGGCCUUUCCGUCAUGGCGGACUUCCUGGGUGCUAUCGGCUCGGGCACGGGUAUCCUGCUAGCCGUCACCAUCAUCUACCAGUACUUUGAGAUCUUUGUCAAGGAGCAGAGUGAAAUGGGCAGCAUGGGAGCCCUGCUCUUUUAGACAGACACCUGGCUGCCAACAUCUGCGACAUAAUGACCCUCUUAAUGCACAUGCACAUGGACAUGCCCCAGAUCAGACCAAGUCCCACCAAACCUCCUAUUAUUAUUCCCAUUAUUAUAUGUCCAUUUAGGUUUUUUAAUCUGCAUAAUUAAUCUGUUCUCUCCUGUGUCAUUUCCCGGAUGCUUUCUGGCAUCUCCCCCUGACAUGGCCUACAGGAGGUUCAGCUCAAACAGAAUGGUUUGUGUAGCGACGUGGUGUGACUGACUACAUCCUGACAUUCACAACCCCUGGUCUGCUCCCCCUUUUAGUUAUAACACAUAGAUCAAUCUCUAAACUCAGUUUGCCUGAUGCCUGGGACUGGUUAACCUCCUCAGGGUCAUCAUCUGAAGUGUUUCAUAUCUGUAUAAAAUGGUCUGAUCCACAAGCGUUUAUGGGGGGGGGUUCCUUUUCAGACUGAGACAAGAGCUCUGUGGCUCUGUUGUAUGCAAUCAUGUAUACUACACUGGGGUGAGGGCAGUCCCUCUCUUACUGGACUUCUUUCAUACAACCCAACACAGUAUACAUAGGAAUACUUAGUUUUUCUGCUUUAAUUCCAUCAUCUCUAUUACCUGGAGGAUAUAGAUGGGUAUGAGUGUACAGUAUACCUUCACAGCUGGGCUCUUUGGUACAAUCUUUAUCUGGGGUGUUGACCUGAUGGCCACUCAUUUCACUGAUUGAGUAGCAAAGGAAGUUUUGGACCAGACUCAGAACUAUUCAGAAUAUAACCAUGUUUGUCUGCCAGACGUGACUGUUUAAAAGCAGCGAUCCAAUAUAGGAUCAGGAAGAGGAGUGUAGGGCUCUGUGUGGUCCAGCUUUGUCAAAAUCAAAUGUGUUUAAUGUGAAAGUGUGCAGCAGUGGAAGAGUUUAUCAAGUGAACCACUCAGCAGAAGGUCCUUAAUGUUGAAACUGGGCUGAAGGAAGGGUGUGUUUAGGGAGAGGUCAUCUUAUGCCACGUUCAUACCUGUUGCCCACUUUGUUGGGUAAAAUUGGGUGAGGAAAGAUUUUUUGUGUUUGUGUUUUUUGUCUGCUUUGAUCAUGACUGUAUUAAAAACACUUUCACAUGUCGUGGAUUUUGGUGUUCUGUAUAUAUGCCAUGCAUUGAAUCCAUCUGCAGUGUAAAAUAAGUUUUUUAAUAUGUAAAAAAAAAUAAAAAAUAGUAUGCUGUUCCGAACAAAUGUAUUCCAGGGGAAAAAAUGAUAUUUCUCAAUAAAAACUCAUUUUAGGGAAAA